AAGGAUGUGGUGCCGCCACUCCAUCGGCCCCACAAAACGACUCCCGCGGCGGUUUUUCGCGCCGAUUUCCACCGGCGCCAUGUGCGACGAGUCGUUGCUCUUCGCGGCGCUGGCGAAGUAUCCGCGGCACACAGCGCCGGGGCCGACGUGCCAUCCGCUGCCGGACCGGACCAAGGUGGAGGAGUUGUUUGACUGGCCGAAGGUGGCAGAGGAGACGGGGAUGUCUACGGAGGAGGCCCUGGCCGCCACCUUCGGCCCGGUGGUGAAGGGCGCCCGCCGCGGCCUGCUGCGCACCCGGGCCGCAACGAACGCGACGAACGGAUUGGAUGGAUCGGCGGAGGCGAAGGCGGAGGCGCUGAAGCGGCUGGGAGUGCUGCUGGUGCCGGACUUUGUGCGGGAGGAUGAAGAGGCCCAGAUCCUGCGGGCCUUGUUGGAUCAGGGCGAGGUGAAGUGGGAGGAUCGGCAAGGAGGAGGUGGCCUUCAUGCCAGCUUCGGUCCAACCUUCCUGCGCGAGUCCGGGUACAAGGUGGAUCGCAACAAGGCCUUUACCGCGCUGCCCAAGGUGCUGGACUCCGUGCGACUGCGAGCUGAAGCGCUGUUGGCUGCCAAAGGUGCCGUGAAUCAGGAGGCGUCGACGCCCUUGGGCCUCUAUGCCAUGAGCGCUGCGGCGCGGGAGGGGCGCCAAGGGCCACUGAGCCAGGCCUUUGUCAAUCGCUACGAGAGUACCGGCAAGGAGAGCGACAGGAACCAGGCGUUGGGCAUGCACUUCGACUCCCGAAACGCGAACGAGGAGGUGGUGGUGGGCCUGAGCCUCGGCGAGGAUCUGGGGCACAUCUUCUUUUCGCGAUCUGGUCCACACAAGGGCCAGGCCUUCCCCUUGUCCUUGGCCAAGUCCUUGGACGCCAAGGGCGAUGGCAUCUUAGUGGAGCUUCCCAGGCGCUCGCUCUACCUCUUCUACGGCUUCGCGCGCUACUUCCUGCGGCACGGGGUGCCAUGGACCGGGCAGGAACGCGAUUAUCGCCGAGUGACUGUGACUUUCCGCAGCGUGCCCGUGCUGCCUUCGAAGAGCUCGGCUUCCAAGGGUCAGCGCAAGUUGGCAGAUGUGUUGGAGCCCCGGUCCAAGCGGCGCAAGAGGCCGGCUUCGGGGCUCAGCGAGCGGCUGGAGAUCGACCUCUGCAGCGAGGAAGAAUAA